UUGUAAAAUGAUUAAUAUAAUCUAAAAAGGGCUCCGUGAUGAUUAGUCGGUGUGUUUUUGAGAAUCUCCCGAGUAUUUCGAAUACUCAUCUCGUGGAAGUAUCAAGCUGCCCAGUAAACAUUUUAGAAAUGAUUUUCGCGCUGCAUUGGCGCUGGCAAUGCGCUACCAUGGCAAGUGCAACGUCGAGCCAAUAACAUCUCGCGUAUAAUCGUGGACAGGACCAAUUGAAUUUUCUAUUUUUUGCGCGUAAAAAGGUGCACCGUUGUUUCCGAUCUAAAUUAAUUAUUUUUCGCAACGUUGUUCGUGGACGGUUGGCCUUGAUAGAAAAACUCAACUCGGACCGAGCAGUGUACUUAAUUAAUAAAUCAAUCGAUUCGCCUUAAAAAAGAGAUCUCGGACGUUGACCGACGCCUUGAUGGAACCAAUAACGAUGCUGUGCAACUCGUUCAUGGGCCUACUGUAAUAUCUCAUAAUUGGUUCACUCGUGUUAUGCACUCGUCAAAUUGCAUUACCACCCCGGUUUUGAUAACUGUAACCUUGACUGUAUUCACUAUUGCGGCUCUACGUCAAAGGUGACAACGGGCCAAGAGUAUUUGGUUUUACUUCACUUGUAGCAACUGCGCAAGGGUGGCGCGAGGUGUCAGUGACAAGGUGUAGCUAACCUUAAAAUGCGAGCAUCCGUGAUUACUGAUGUGAUUGUACUGUUCGGGCUACACUUCUUGUAUUGGUGUUGCAACACGGUAGAUGCUAGCGGCGGUGCCCUCGACUCAAGCCCGAACUAUCAGUCUGGCUCCUCUGGAAGCUCACAUUCCAAAAAUUCAGCAUUCUCUGCUACGCUCACAGAUGGACUGGCACAGGCUGUGGCCCAUGAAGCUGGUUCCGAUACUUGUAAUGAUGACCUAGCUUGUCUCACAAUGGCUUCUCAUGAUCGACUAGGUUUAGAAGCUAUCAAAUCACUCCACAGCCAACUAGACGACGAUGCCAAUGGAAAUGUAGACCUAUCAGAAUCGGAUGAUUUUUUAAGGGAAGAAUUACAAUAUGAAGCUGGGUAUGAAAGAAGACAGAGGGCCUUUCAUCAUAAUGAUGAUAUGCACAUCAGUGUUAGAGAACUUUGGGAGGUGUUAAGGUCAGAGGUUCAUAAUUGGACUAUAGAACAAACAUCUGAAUUGUCUACUAAUGUGGAGCUUCCUCAAUAUGUUCCUACUUUUAUACAACACCGUGUAACUGGUGCUACACUUCCAAGAUUGGCUGUGAACAACAUGCACUACCUAAGCAAUGUAUUAGGGAUUAAAGAUCCCAUCCAUAAACAAAAAAUUGCAUUAAAAGCUAUGGAUGUAGUUCUUUUUGGACCACCAAAGGUAAGCAUACAUAGAAAAAUAUUGAUAUUAAUAACAUUAUUAUUUGGAGCACUUAUUGGAUGCUGGUAUGCGUAUCAGCAAAAGAAAAAUUCACAAAAACAUCUUCAUAGAAUGAUGAAAGAUAUGGAGAGCUUACACAAAGCAGAAUUGGCACUUGAAGACUUGCAAAAAGAACUCGAGAGGGCACGGAUGGAACAAGAAAGUGCCGCUACAGAGAAACAAAAUUUAGAGAAACGUUUACAAGACGAAACAAUGGGAUUACACGUAUCAUAUUCGGAUCUCGAAGUUUCUCAAUUAAAAGCUGAAAUAGAAAUGUUGAAAAAUGAAUUACAACGUGCAGAGGGCGAACUUGAAGACAGAUGUUGGUCCCCUCCUCCAGGAUUACAACAUUGGUUACAGUUAACUCAUGAAAUUGAGAAUAAAGGGUAUACGAAGAAAAAAAUAGCAGCGGAAAAACAAUUACAACAAGCACGCGAAGCAUGUGAAAAAUUACGAAAGAAACGAUCGAGCUUAGUAGGAGCAUUUGUUUCGACCCAUGGAAAAUCUAUCGACGAGGUCGACAAAAGUAUAGUCGAAGCAAGAACCGCGUUAAAUGAAGUAACAGCGGAACUGCAAGAAAGAGUAUACCGUUGGAAACAAAUCGAACUCCUAUGCGGUUUUAAUAUAGUCAACAAUAAUGGUCUAAGUUAUUUAGAAACUGUUCUCUACCGGGGGGCACCGAAUGGGCGAGGUCUUGGACUUAGAGGUCGACUCAGCAGCCAAGAUGACUUAGAAGACGAAUCAAGCUCAAUGUACUCGCCUUCCACGUGUGGUGCCGCAGGCACCCUGGACAGCCUGACGUGGAAGGAGUCGUCGGUACCGCCGGACUCUUCGAGCAGCGAAACCGGCAAGGAUACACCACCGGAAAGCAGCGUGGUGCACUUCACCGUUGGCGAGGGUCCCGAGGAGCCUGUGAAACCGAUUAGCAAAGAUAAAUCAAGUAUCGCGCGUUCGUACAGUCAGGACAUCAACAUGCUCCUCGCGAUCGAGGACAAGACUACCUCAUCAUUCCUGUCGAAGACCUCGUACUCGGAGAACUCGUUGGAUUCGCCGAUUCAGGAACGAGCCGGACACCAAAAAGCCGUUUCAUCGACGGCGAUGAACACCACCGGGACCGCAACGGUCAGCACAAGCACAGCGAUGACGAGCAGUCAGAAGAAAACGUUGAAGGAACUGCCUCCGGUUAUGUCGGUAGACGAGGAGACUUUGUCCACCGACUCCAACUCUACUACCGACAACGACGAGAUGAAACGAAGACGCAGGAAGAUAUUGUUCCCGGCGUUUAGGAAGAACAAGGCCAAGGUCACGUGAUGAAUGCCCGCUAGUCAGAUAUUAAAUCGUACAUCGCGUUGUACCAUUACUUAAAACGCUGUAACUCUUAACGAUUAGUUGGUUAAACCGCGACGUGCACUUAACAAUUUGCCUCCGAGAACCGGCUCGUAAUUGAUUACUGAAUCAGUUACUCGUCGAGUUUUCUACGUAUGUGUAAUACGUGUACGCAUAUACAUGUACGGUCGCGUGUUACUUAGGCUUCCCUUUGUUCGAAGGAAGUGUAGGUGAACUAGAGAAGCCUACGUUGCACUCGAGUAUACCGUACAUGAUAGAGAGACAUGUUUAGCAAGAUGGAACGUUCAAUGUAAUAGGUUGGCCUCGAGGUCUACGGAGUUAGGUUCAUCAUUGGCGUUUUCAUUCUUGUUAAAGCCAGUUGUUAUCAGAAUUGACUGUUUAAUCAUUUGUUUUAUUAACCAUCUGCAUUAUAAACGUUAAUCUGUCCGUGCCAAACCCAUUCAAAAGGAGCUAAAUUAUUUGUAUGUUGUUCAUUUUAGUUGAUUCUGAUAGACUCUUGGUUUGGUGUACAGUUUUACCUCUUGUAAUAUAAAUGUCACAGUUGCAUUUUUUUAAAUAAUGAAAUAUGCAACUGUGUCACGCCAAUGUAGAACCAAUUGUACAGUGUAUAGUAGUAGAAUCUCAGGGCGCAGUUGGAUUUAAAAUGUGUCCAGUAGAGUAAUAUCCUGAAGAAUAUCAGAUGUAUUUCGGUAGACAUAUUGGACACAAGUUAAACUCAAAAUUUGUUAAUAGUACUAUCUGUGAAAGCCUUAAGGAUCUUGUUAAUUAAGCGAACAGACCUCGUGGCUGACGCUAAUGCAAUAGGUCUUUAAAAUGAACGUUCCGCUAUGCUACUGUCGCGUAGGAUGUUUUUGGUGCCCCGGUGUGUCUUCCGUUUUGCCAAAUCUUCCGUUCUGUUUGCAACAGAGACACCCACCAAGCGACGUCCAACCUUUAGGUAACUAGAUUAUAAAACUCGCAAUACUGAAAAUUCUUCAGUAACGAUAAUAUUUUGGCUCAGGGGUGGGCGACGAACUCGCGAUCUUCUUCCUGUUAACCGUUUCAAAUUUCUAUAACAUCGAAGCUCUCUCUGCCCUCUUUAUUCGAGCCUUGAAAAAUUGAUUCGAUUAAAUCUUAUUGCAAUGUCUCUCUGAAGCGAAAGAAUCUCAAAUUUCUGUUACGCUCCUGUCGUCGAUUAACAAUUUUCUCACGAGCUGUAACUUUAAUUAUAUCCUGUGUCUCUCUAAAGAAACGGUUCUUUAUAUUUCUUCUUUUCUAUUUUCAAUACAGAAUCGGCUUAAAAUCAAUUGAUCGUUUAUUGUUCAAGGUCUUAAAGAAAAGGUAGAUGAUACUUAAGUGAACGUAAGCAAAGAACUUGUUCGUGGUAGAGGAAAUGAUCUUGAACGACCAAUUGAUUUUGUACAGACUAUACAUAUAUUAGAUCGUUGUCUAUGUUCCAUCUGACAUGCAACAGUCUGGUAGUAGCAAUUUAUUCGGUUCAUUCCUAUUUCUCAUCAUUGUCUCGUUCUUAGAAUGAUUUUGAAGGCCAGUAAACAGUUCACAAGUGUCUAUAAAGGUUUCAUCGGUAAAUCAUGAUUAAGAGGAGACUCGGUCUAACUAAUUGUGCGACGUUUUUUAAAAAGAUCUAGAUUUAUUAUUCCAGCGUCGAUAUUCGUUCGAAGAUACUCGCCCAUCCCUGCGUUUAAGCAUAACGAAAUUCUAACGCGCCGAACCUUUUCGUUUCACUGUUCUUUCCUCGAUUAAUCGUAGCCGUUAGCAUAUAUUUUCUUUCUCUCUAUUUAUCUAAGUUUUAUGGGUUCUUUAUCGGACGCUUUUAGCCUUCCAUCGUUGUACAAGCUGAGCACAAAUGAUCUUCUUCCGUUUUGCCACAUCGACCACUUUUCUUAUUAAACACGUUGCUCUCUUUUUCUAAUCUUAUUUAUCAAACAACUCUAUCGUUCGGUAUUGCUUCAUCUAUUUUGUGCUCUCGUAUCUCAACGAAGUGAAAAUGUUUUUAUACAAAUGUUGAAUAAAAUCCUGUUACCCAUAGAAUAAUCCUUUGAGGUCCAACUGCUGAACUGUACAUAGCAUACCAUUGAAAAAGCAAUAACUAUCGAGGCUACUGUUAGCCUUGUUCAGGGUUUGUCAUCCUCUUUUUUAGACGAAUUUAUAUUAAGAUAAAUCUAUAAGUAUUAUUAGAUUUAAUGGAAAAAGAGAAACCACGAAUCUCACGAACAGAUAUUCGUGAGAGGACCUCGAGGGAUUGUAUUAGUGGCAAACGAGAAGAAUUAAAAAGUAAAAAAAAAAAAAAUGUUACGUGCUUACCCGGUACUCGAGAAAGUAUCAAAAUUGUUCACGAUCUUCCACGAAAUUGUUCGCGCACGAAUCAAGGCAUUUUUUUUUUAUUAGUCGCGUUUUUCAUUUUUGACCCCGUAGCAUCGUUCACCUAUUUUUCUUUUCUUUUUUAACGUUUCGAUCACAUAGUAUUCUAAAGCCUGUUGCUGUACUUCACAUUUUAGAUUUAUAGUCUGUCUCGAAUCAAUGAUUCUUUUAAGGCCACCAUAGUUAGUCUUCCUGGGUUACUCAGUAAUAUUACUAUUUUCCUUUGCGUGUAAAAUAUCAAUCAUUGUGUGCAAUAAGGAGUAGCCUGAUUCUUUAUUUUUCUUAAAAUAAUUAAAAUAAUAAUAAGCGGGGGAGGAGUGACCUUAAGUGAUCAUUGAUUCUCAAUAGACUAUAGAAAUUAACUUAUUACCGCUUCUUUAUUGAACGAAGUGGUUUUUCCCUUUCUUAUCAUAAUAUUUUUUCUUCCUUUUGCCCUUUUUUUUUUUUUUUUUUAGAAUAUGUAUAUGUAUGCAUAGCAGCUUAAAUGCGGUGAGGCUGGAACUCUCUGAAAUGUAUAUCCACGUGUAAGGGAUAGUGUGAUAAGUUUUAACGGAAUUUUAAUCGACCUUGUUACACGGAUGUGUAAAGAUCGUUGUACAGACAAUUUCGACGUUUAUUUUUUUCGUGGAUGAAACGAUGAAGCGAGCUUGACACUUUUAGUUGAACUAGGGAACCUGGUUCAAGCUAGAAUAAUAUCUUACAAUUAGUUACGCCAAUGGCUAUUUUAACUUGCGUUUACUUUGCUGUGUAUUUCUCACUUGGUUCCACGAGUAGAGUUCAGACGUUACGUUGACCAUUGCGAUUAUUUCUUUCCGCAUUCCUUUCACCGGCUUCUUUUUCUUCCACUUGAUACUUUUAUCGUUAGCGUUCGAUCCUCUCCUGAUUGAUAAACUGACACACUUUAGUAUCUCAGGGCUUUGAUUGAACGAACCUCGAGAUUCAUUUUUUUAUGAAAAGGUUCGUUUCAGAUCGCGUCACUCCGGAGAGGCUGUUUAGAAAGCUUUUUAAUUACUAACACCCUUUAUUAACCCCAUAUCUCCACCCCAUCACCAUGAACAUCCUCAUCAUUUUUGCUCUUGUGCAUUCUCUGUCCCAUCAUAAUUGGUGAUCUAUUUUCCAUCUCUUCAUUUCUAUCCUUUUUAUUGAUUUUAUCAAGAGUUAAAUCAUCUAUUGCAUUUAUCAUGUUUACUCCUAUAAUAGUUGAAUCAUCUCCUUAAAUCAUCCUAUUAAAAUUAAUAGAUAUCAGUUUUUGCCAAAUUUUCAAUAUCCUUGAAGAUACUAAAUCAUUUUUCUAGAUGGAAUUGAGAACUAAAAAUUGGGGAAUUAUGUAGCUGUGUUAGGUGACUUUUCCCCGAGAAAGUAUGUAUUAUAUUGACUAUGAGAAUAGGUGUAUCAUAAAAGAGCAAUAAUGGAAGAAUCUGAAGUUUAAUGGACCAAGUUCGAUAAACGUACUAUGGAAAUAAGCGAAACGAUAGUUGAUACUUUAGGCUCAAUUAGUAGAUAAUUGAAAGCACAUUGUUACAUUUAAGAAUUCGAAGGAAAUUUUAUAAAAUCACAGCUACCGAGGUCUUCCGGAUUAACACGAUCCUCUAAUUACCGAAAUAUGCUUCACAAAAAUGAUUAACUCAUCGAAACUGACCGAUUACCAAUUGUUAUUUGCAUUCUGAAGAUUUUUAAAAUUUAGGAGGUGAAGUCGUGUCAAUUAUGACUCAGACUCGUAGUUAUCGUUAAUUCCCCAGUUUUUAUUGGGGAUGCCAAAUUUGCCAAAAACGCCUUUCAUUCUUUUAAAUUGAUAACUGUGAAUCGAUAAACCUUGUGACGUUUUUAUGGAGGUCCCCUUAUCACGAAAUAAAGCUGAGGGUGAAUUUUAUCAACCUCCUCGCGAUAUUUCUCCCUUCGCGUAAACCAUAAAUCCCCGUUCAACCCUGGUUAAAUCUAAUUGAAAUAGGAAUUCAAUAAAAAAAGAAAAAGAAAAAUGGAAAUUAAGAAUCAUACCGUCCAAGUACGAGAUUCAUGCCUUAUCAAUAUUCACGGUCGUUGCAAUAUCAAAUGACUUGUCCGUUUUGAAACAAGGAAAUGAUCCAUCUACGUUUUGUAAGAUAAAGCGAACAUCAAACGAUAAUUGUAUGAGAAUAAAAUGUGUCAGUUUUGUUACAGUGUCUUAAUUGAAAAAGAGACCACGAAUAGAUUUGUUGUUACUCCUUAGGAUCUUCGAGCAAUACGUUCUAUGAUUUACGAAUUACGUUUACUUAUAAAGGGACAGUUUCUAAAAUUAUGUAUAUCUUGUUAAUGUUGUAUUACCUCGUAGUGACCACCUGAAUCCAAUUCGCUAAUUGCUAUUAGAGACAGAGAGUGAAAGUAGGAAUAAAAGAGUGAGAAUGGGAGAGAGAAUGCACAGUUUGAGAAAAGGUACAUGUUAUCUUAUAAUUUAUGUAUACUACCAGCUAAGGGUAUGAGAUUGUAAAAAUUCUCUUAAUAAUUAUCAAGCAAUAAAAGACACUCAAAUUUUAUGCAUAUAAAAUUCGAAAAUUGAUGUUACAAUAUAAAAAGAUGAAAAGAAAGUAAGAAUAAUUCUAGAGUUAUAUACAAUUCAGCUGGUAGUGUAUAGGUGUACUUUUGCGACGACAGCAAGGGUUUAUUCAAAGUUGAAUUUAUUUUAGAUAAAUAUUUAAAUUAUUCCUAAUUAAUACUGUUAUACGAUUGGUCACCUCGGUGGCGCGAAAGGUCUUCCUUGUAAUGCGACAGAGACAUUUUUCAAAAAUAAAAGAAAUUCCACAAUA